AUGGAAGGAGAGACUCAGCCCCCGCCCCCACCCCCGCCGGCCGAAGUGGCGAGCGAGAACCCGCUGCCGCCUGGCGAGAUGGUGGGCGAGUCCCAGCCGCCGCCGGGAGAAAUGGUGGGCGAGACGCAGCCGCUUCCGGCGUGCGUGUCCAAGGUGCUCGACGACGACGACCUCCUCGCAGAGAUCAUCGUCCGCGUCGGGUUCCCCACCAGCCUCGUCCGCGCCGCCGCCGUCUGCAGGCGCUGGCUCGGGCUCGCCUCCGGCCGCGCCUUCCUGCGCCGGUUCCGCAAGCUCCAUCCGCCCAGGCUCCUCGGCUUCUACCUGGAGCAGACGGAGUACUGGGACGGCACCGCGCGCUUCUUCCCGAUGCUGCCUCAGCCCUCGCCACCGGAGCUCGCCGCCGUCGUACGCCGCGCGAGCUUCAGUUUGGACUUCUACAAUGACGCACGGACCGACAUGGUGGGCUGCUGGAACGGCAGAGUCGUCACCUGCUUGUUCGCAUCUCAUUUUUACAAGCGCAAGGAAUUCCGAAGCGAGAUUAUGUAUGUAGUGCACAGCCCGUUGUGCUCCGAGAGAGGUAUGGCCGUCAUUCCAGCAUUAAACCUCCCAAUCAGGGAUGGCAAUUUCUGCAGUUACAGACAACUCUUCUCCAAAGAAGAAGGCCAUGUUUAUGUCAUGGUGGAGUCUACCAGGGAUGAAAGGGAAUCUACGAUUCAUGUAUAUAUGCUGCAAAAUGGUGAUGAUGCUUGGCGCAUGCAUCUUACCUUGGCUGCUGACAACUUCAUUUAUGCACUCUAUACCCCAAACACCAUUCUCGUUGACGACAAAAUCUACAUGCCAAACGGCUGUAGUGAAAUUCUUGUCUUGGAUUUGACGGCCUCAAGCUUCACCACGAUUCAGCUCCCAGAAGGGGUGGAUUUUCGUGCAGCAGGCACCACCAAGUUCUCGCGGGCUGAUGAUGCUUCUGCUGUGUACCUCAUCCAUACCAGGGAGCUUCAACUUCGCAUCUGGCUCCACAAGGGGGGCAAGUGGUUGAUGGUGGAUACCAUUUGCCUGCGUGAAAUGUGCGCUCAUUUGCUUGAGGAUGAGCCUACUGCUCUGCUCAAGAUAAACCAUAUGGGGGACUAUACUGGUGAGUUUCUGUUUUUGGAGAUUGGUCGAUGCGCAUACUACUUGGAUGUAAAGUGCAGAACGCUGCGCAAAGUGUUUGAGGUGACAGAAGAGGAUGAGUAUCUUGGUAAUAUCUUUCCCUUUAUGAUGAGCUGGCCUCCCAUUUUCCCUGUACUCAAGGAUGGUCCUGCAAGGUUCGUCUCUUUGCCUUUCAAUGAUCUGUACAGUGCCCUUCUUGAGGUUACAUAG